GGAACGUUUGGCCGUGUCUAGCGUCAAUUAUAUGAAUGUAGACUUUCUUGUCUUACCAAUCCAAUCCUACCUACUCUUCUCGUCACUCUUGCUCGCAUUUCCUGUGCUGCUGCUAGCCAGCUUCUCUUCUCGCGUGUGGUCGAGUAGAGAGUGUGAUACACGUUUGAACAAACAAGGCUGCGUAUGUGGCUAGCGGAGACGCUCAAUUGCACCAACUGCCUUUGCACGUCCGAACACACGCAGAUAAACCCGCACAAUGCCGUCGUCAGCGUCGUUGUGCUUGCGAACUGCAGGCCAAUUCUCUAAAUCAUCACAUUCGAGGACACUCCUACAAGCACGCUUAUUCUCCUCCUCCCUGCCAAGAUCCCGCAUCAAUAAGGUCCUCCCUUCCGCUGCGGAAGCCAUCAAAGAUCUCAAGAGCGGCUCCACCGUCUUGUGUGGUGGUUUUGGCCUUUGCGGUGUUCCCGACACACUGAUCAAUGCUGUGAAGGAGAAUCCGUCGAUUCGGGAUCUGACCGCCGUGUCAAACAAUGCUGGCGUCGUUGGGUCCGGCUUGGGACUGCUGCUUGAAUCCGGCCAGAUCAAGAAGAUGAUUGCGAGUUACGUUGGCGAGAACAAGCUGUUCGAACAGCAAUACCUAAGCGGAAAGAUCGAGCUCGAACUCACACCCCAGGGCACUCUCGCCGAGCGGUGUAGGGCUGGCGGACACGGCAUUCCUGCAUUCUUCACCCCGGCGGCAUUUGGUACCGUCGUGCAGACGGGAGAGCUGCCCCUCAAACACAACGCCGACGGCACCGUAGCGCAAUACUCGCAGCCGCGGGAUGUGAAGGUAUUCAAUGGCAAGAGCUACGUCAUGGAAGAGGCCAUCAAGGGAGAUUACGCUUUUGUCAAGGCAUACAAGGCGGACAGGCUAGGAAACGUGCAGUUCAGACUCGCUGCUCAGAACUUCAACGGCGCGAUGGCGCGCAAUGCCAAAGUGACCAUUGUUGAAGCAGAGCACAUCGUCGAGCCUGGCGAGAUCGACCCGGUCGCCGUGCAUGUCCCAGGAAUCUACGUCAAGCACGUCAUUCAGUCGACGACAAAGAAGAACAUCGAGAAGAUUGUCAACGCAAAGACUCCUGAGGAGAUGAAGGCCGGCGCCCUUGGAUCAGGCGAUGCAGCCAGUAAGCGUGAGAGAAUCGUCAGACGCGCUGCGAAGGAGUUCAAGAACGGCAUGUACGCGAACCUGGGCAUCGGUAUGCCCAUGCUCGCCCCUACCUUCGUCAGCCCUGACGUGGAAGUGCAGCUACAGUCCGAGAACGGCAUUCUCGGACUGGGCCCUUACCCAGCUAAAGGCCAGGAGGAUCCAGAUCUCAUCAACGCCGGCAAGGAGACCGUCACCCUUCUUCCAGGUGCUUCGUGCUUUGGGUCAGACGAGUCCUUUGGCAUGAUCCGCUCAGGCCGCAUUGAUCUGACGAUUCUCGGGGCAAUGCAGGUCAGUGCCCGAGGCGAUCUUGCCAACUGGAUGUUACCAGGUAAGAUCAAGGGCUUCGGUGGCGCUAUGGAUCUCGUCAGCAACCCGCAAAGCACCAAGGUUGUCGUAACCAUGGAGCACACGGAUAAGAAGGGCAGGCCGAAGAUCCUUAAGCAGUGCGAGUUCCCGUUGACGGGCAAGGCUUGCGUGAGCAGGAUUAUCACGGAUCUGUGCGUGUUCGAUGUUGACUUCACGGAUGGUCUGACGUUAAUCGAGCUUGCGGAUGGUGUAACCGUCGAUGAAGUCAGGGCCAAGACCGAUGCGCCUUUUAAGGUCGCCGACGAUGUGAAGCCUAUGCUCUGAAGUAAAGUCUUUGAUUCCCGUGUGUGGUAAAAAAAAAUUCAGCAGGCUUUUGCAUGUUCGACGGUUUAUAGCAUACGGUUUGUGGCGCUGUAGGAUAAAGUGAUACUCUACGGCAUUGCGAAAGGACAAAUGCUUCGCGAAUUUUCCAUUUUGUAUAUACUUUUCUUAUUUGGCAAGUAAUUUAUUCACUAGACAAACACUGCUAAAGUUCGUCUCAGAACGAGAGGCAGAAAUGCUUUCAUGGUAAUGUGAACAGCGCGGGUGCAGCACCUCCGUUGAUAGCCAACGAAUACAGAUUUAGCGUAGAAGACUUCCUUAGCUGAGCCAAAUCAAUGAAUUCAGUUGUACAUCA